GAAGUGUAGAAGGGAAUAAAAAUGAAUUUUGGGAUCGUCGUUCUAUUUUCAGUGAUUUCGUUAGUGGCUGGAAUUGAAAUAACAUGCAAAUUUCUUUUCUACACUGGAAGUUUGGAUUAUGGAUACAAUUGUCGUAUUGACAGUCCAGCAUUAAUCAUUCUGAAUCCUAACAUAAAAAUUGACUCAAUUUCUGGAAAUCAUAUAUCUUUCAACACGAAUUCUGAUGUCGAUCGUUUACUCUUCGUGCACAUGCCCAACAUGCAUUACAUUCCAAUUGGUUACAGCAAAUUCUUUAAGAACUUGAAUAACUUUUGGAUUGCUGCGUGUCCGAUUGAAAGCAUUAAAAAGAGUGAUUUUGAAGAACCAGAUACGUUGAAGAUUCUUGGAAUUAGAUCAACCAGAAUUGAGAUCAUUGAUGCUGAUGUUUUCUCCAAUAUGAAAAUCCUGGAACAAUUGCAUCUUCAUAGCAAUCAAAUUAAAACAAUUGAUGAAAAUGCACUUGCAAAUUUAAAGGAAUUAAAAGUUUUAAAUCUUUCUGGAAAUAAAAUUGCUUAUCUGCCUGCACAACUUUUCAAACACAAUGAAAUCAUCGAGCGCAUUGACUUUAGUAGUAACAAGUUGAGAAUAAUUGAGAGUAGCGUAUUUUUAAAUCUUUUAAAAGUUAAGGAAAUUAAACUGAGUGGUAACAUGUGCAAUAAUAAAAUUUUUCCAGUUGAUUAUGCUCUAAUUGAAAACUUCAUUUCUGAAAUUGGAGUAAAUUGUGAAAAUAUAUUUAGGAACGUCAUCGAUGAUUUAAAUGAUACGAAACAAGAUCUGGAAACGAAAAUUGACAAGCUUAAAAAUGAGAAUGUUUUAAACAAUGCGACGUUGAAAAACAAACAAAACGAAAUCAUGAUAAGGGAUCAAAAUAACAAUGACUUAAAGAAGAAUCUUUCGUCAUUAUCAAUGAAAAUGACUGAAAUUUCUCUGCAGAAACUUAAAUUACAAGAUGAGAUUGAAGUUUUAAAGAUGAAUCAUUCUGAUGUUGCAGCCAAAUUCGAAAAAUUGUUUAACGCAACUAUCGACAUUACCAUGAGUUACACACAAUCACAAGAAAAUCUCAAGAAUUGUUUCAAGAAAAAUGAAAAUUUGUCAGGAAAAAUCAUUGACAUGAAAAAGAAACUCGAUUGGUUUGAAUUAAACUACACGAUGGUAUCUGAUGAAAUAUCAGUUUUGUUAGAAAACAAACGGAAAACUGAAGCUAAUCUCACAACUUUACUGCAACAAAAACUCAUGAUUCAGUUUGAUUUAACUAAUUUAGAAGCAAAUCAUUCAGCAACCAUCUCCGAAAAAAUAAAAGUUCAAAAGGAAAAUGAUCGACUUUUAUUGCUUUCACAAAACUACGCUGAAGAAGAAAAGUUGAAUGAUGAAAGAAACUUCAGAAUUAUAAUUUUCAGUGUAGUGAUUCUUGCAUUAUUAGCGACAGCUUUCAUUAUUUAUCGAAUUAAACGCUAUCGAAAGUUUUACGAAUACAGAACUAACGAGUUUGAAAUUAGUGGAAAUAUUUUAGAUGACAUUGAAGGACGAGAUCUUGACAUCCAACAUUAA